UGGCGCUCUGAAUCAGAGAUGUUUUUAUAUCGGAGCCGGCUGGGGAUUUCAUUGUGUGUCUGCCGGGUCUGAGCUCGUGGACGCGGCUGCCGCGUCGGUGCUGAGUCGCGCUGCGAUGCUGCGGACGGGCCGAACCCAUCACGCGCUGCCCGGGAUCGUGGAUGGAGCCCAACGCUGAAAUAGCCGAACGAAGAUCAAUAAGAAACGGGAGAGGCCAGUUUGAUCCAGCCUUGUGAACGGGGGACUGGCGGAUUGAGAAGGGCUAGCUGUGGAGCGGCGCAGGCGACAUGUUCUGAGCCGGAGAGCCGGAGAGCGACGACGGCGGGCGGCAUGAAGGCGCCGAGGAGACCGAGACAGACGCGCCUCCUCCCGCGGUUCUGCGUCUGUGGAGUCACUCUGCUCGCAGUCGCCUGGAUCUUUAACUUCAGCGACGUGACAGGUUUCCAUGCAUCCACUGUGAGUCAUGACUUCUCCAUGUCCAAGAGAGAGCUCAUCCAGCAAGAAGAAGACAACAACACGACUGUUUCUAGAUCUGCUAUCAGUGAUUUCCCUAAAGACGUCUUCACUGCAGAGCAGAGGAGACAGGGAGCGGUCCUCCUUCAUGUUCUCUGUGCGAUCUACAUGUUUCAUGCGCUGGCCAUUGUGUGUGAAUUUUACUUUGUGCCAUCACUUGAAAAAGUAUCAAAGAACCUGAACCUCAGUCAGGAUGUUGCCGGGGCAACCUUCAUGGCAGCUGGAAGCUCCGCCCCCGAGCUCUUCACCUCUCUGAUUGGGGUGUUUAUCACCAAAGGAGACGUGGGUGUGGGAACUAUCGUGGGAUCAGCGGUCUUUAACAUCCUGGUUAUCAUCGGCCUCUGUGGCAUCUUCUCUGGACAGCCCAUCUCCCUGAGCUGGUGGCCGUUGUUCCGUGACGCUGUCUUCUACAUCCUGUCCAUCUUGGUGCUGAUCACGGUGAUCUAUGACGAAAAGGUUGUGUGGUGGGAGAGCAUCAUCCUGAUCUCCAUGUACGGAAUAUACAUAAUCAUCAUGAAGUUCAACAGAUCUCUGUGCAGCCUGGCAGAGGGAUCGUGUCUGAGUAUCCUACGACGGACGACUGCUGUCGGAAAUGUUGGAGACAGUGACAACGACAUGGUGCCACUGAAGCCAGAUUCAUGUGCGGUGGCAGGCCACGACUCGGGGCUGGUGAUGGCGGAUGAGAUGCUGAACCUGCAUCCCCACCAGCUCUCCUUCUCAGAGAGGCAGCGGCUGAUUCGGUCCCAGGGGGGUCCGGAGGAGGAGGGGGCUUCAGGGGAGGAGGGUUUGGGUGCUAACGGGUUGUGGGGGAGGGAGAGCGGGACGGCGUCAGAGGGAGACACGCCGCCGCUAGAGGAAGAGAAGGAGAGGGGUAAAGAGACAGGGGGGGAGACGGGUGGGGCAGCACAGCCUAAAGAGGAAGAGGAAGGAGAGGAGGAGGAGGACACUCCUUUCAAGCCCUUCAUUCUGCCAAAGCGGUGGUGUGUGCGUCUGAAGUGGCUGCUCUCUUGGCCCCUGAGCGUCCUGCUUUACUUCACCAUCCCCGACUGUAACCUGCCGCAGUGGGAGCGCUGGUACCUGCUCACCUUCCUGUCCUCCACGCUCUGGAUAGCCCUCUACUCUUACGUCAUGGUCUGGAUGGUGACCGUAAUCAGCUACACACUUGGAAUUCCAGAAGUCAUCAUGGGCAUCACUUUUCUAGCAGCCGGCACCAGUGUCCCCGACUGUAUGGCCAGCCUCAUUGUCGCCCGACAAGGGAUGGGCGACAUGGCUGUGUCCAAUUCCAUUGGCAGUAAUAUCUUUGAUGUGCUGCUGGGCCUGGGCUUCCCCUGGGCGCUGAGGACUCUCAUCGUCAGCAACGGAUCAGUGGUGACAAUCAACAGCAAAGGCUUGAUAUACUCAGUGGUUCUUCUGUUGGCCUCAGUCAUCCUCACUGUCCUGUGUGUCCACCUGAACUGCUGGAAGUUGGACCGCAGGCUGGGACUCUGCCUCAUCCUGUUCUACGCCAUCUUCCUGCUCUGCUCCGUCGGCUUCGAGAUGUUGUAGAGUGCACGCACACGCCCCGUGCACACUCACGACUCAUGCGUUCACAGUUGCUGUACAUGUUUGAGCAGCAUUACUUCGACACCGGCCGCCUGAAAGCUGCAUGCUUUACCUUUGAGAAACAAGUAUUUUAAAUAGUUUUGUACCAAGUACCUCCGGUCCAGAUUGUGUGUAAUCAGACCCAACUGGUAACGCACGGUCUCCAAAAAAUUUAUAAAGUAUUAUAAAACCAAUGUUGUAUAAGGAACCCCAAAAUGUGUAACUUUACUUAUUAAUAUGCUAUGACUGCCACGAUUAACCUCAAGGACCAGUUGAUUACCCAUAUUCACGUGUGUAGUUGCUCCUCAGUGCUUGACGUUAUUAUUUUAUGUAAAAUUCACGUUGAGUUCUCAUCACGCCUUUGUGUUUGUAGUUGUAACCGGCAAAGCAUGGCUGAUCAUCACGCUCCAGAUAAUAAUUGCACUAAGCCACUGUUGUCUUCCCCCCCCCCCCCCAAACAGAGGUGGUAUUUAUGUGCUGGAAUGUCUGUUUGGAGAGUCGUUGAGUGUGUUGAGUGAAAUAAAAUGUUCUGUUCUGUGA